AUGUGUAUUGUCUUGGCAACUACCGCACAUCCAUCCUACGCACUUAUAAUUCUUGAUAAUCGAGAUGAGUUCAUUCUUCGGCCUACAAGCAAACCACAUUGGUGGUCUUCCCAUCAUCAAGAAAUCCUGUCAAGUCGAGACCUACAGCGCGCCGAGCAAGGAACAUGGUUAGGGAUUACGAAAACAGGGAAUUUUGCGGUUCUUACGAAUUAUCGAGAAACAGAUACCCACGAUAAAGAUCAUCCUGUACAAGGGACCAGGAGUCGUGGCGGUAUGGUCACGGCUUGGUUAACGGCAGAUAACGAUGAGAGCACACAGCAAUUUGUACACAGGCUAUUAGAAGGUGACGGGGUAAAAGGCGUUGGUGGGUUUUCGUUGGUUUGCGGAAAAUUGCGGAAAGAAAGAUCGUCUGAUAACCAAAUGGAGCCUCUGGCAAUCAUCUCAAAUAGAAGCGGAAAUCCAGACCAAGUGCCCUGGGUAGCCGCGAGAAGAGGGGAGGUUUAUGGCUUAAGCAAUACUUCAUACGACGACCCAAUUACUUGGCCCAAAAUCAAGUCUGGCAAGGAAAAGGUGUUGGAGGUUGUGGAAGAAGUGGUACGAAAUGGCCUGGGAGAAGAGGAACUGGUUGAGAAAUUGUACGCCGUUCUGGACAUCGAUACACUCCCGAAGCAAGAUGACAGUCAAGAUUUCGAGGAGUAUAUCUAUCAACUUCGAAAAUCGAUCUUUAUACCUACAAUCGGCCAUGCAACGUCACCUUCGGAAAUUCCAAAUGCAGAUGAAAUCGCGGCUGCUGUCGGAAGAGGAUCAUCGCCACCCGGAGACUCACGAGUUGAAGUGGCGGGGGAGCAGAUAAAAGUUAAAGAGGAGCAGAGACCAAAAUCUGAGAACAAUAACAUUGUAUCUGGCGUUUAUGGUACCCAAAGACAAACCAUCAUCCUCGUAAAUUGGGAAGGACAUGUUACGUUCAUAGAGCGGUCCCUAUUUGACGGAGAAGGUAAUCCAUUAGAAAGAGGUCAGGCUGAUAUGAAAUUUGAGUUCAAUAUCGAGGGAUGGAAUGGGGGAAGCAACGGAAAUGAAGGGAAAUGA